AGCCAACAAUGCUACAAAGCAUAUUAUAUUAUGGACAUCGUGCCAUGUUUCCAAGCGGUGACCUUUGAACCAGCUACUGUAUUCACGCGAUUUUUUUAUAGCGUUCACAACACCCACCCAUGGUGAGAACAAUUCUCUAUCAAGUUCGUUCUCUCCAUCACGAGCCACAUUCCAUUUCGAGCACCUACACCUCACCGACACAAACCAUUUUGCGUACCGUUUGAUUUUUUGUCCAUAAUUGCUGGGAAAAAUAAAAAAAAAACAUAUCUUUAUUCCGAGAUGUUUAAUUUUAAUGGUAUUCAAUACUGAGCUCCACCGUCAGUUUGGAGCAAGACCCGCUUCUUAUUUUUGCGGUUUUUUGUGUUCAAUCUUGUUUUGGAAGAGAACCUAUCUCUUUUUUUUUUUUUUCACCUUUUUGGAGCCUAAGAAUUUUUCGAACGAAACCCACUUCAAGAUUUCCUGCCGGAUCUGUUGGCGCUGGUGGUUCUUGUUUUUUUGUUUGAGCAGCGAGAGUAAUUGUAUUGUCAUUUGUUUCCCUUGCAACACAAAGUGUUUUGUAAUAUUUUAUGUAAUUUCAGCUUUAGAUCUUAGCCUAUUUUUCAUCUAAUGAUGGGUUUGAGAUUGAAAUAUGGGGUACCCAUGUCGAGAGAGCGUUGCUCUUCGUGGAAGUUAAGUUUGCUUCAUGUUACUUGGAAUGGUAAACGCGUGAGGAUGUAAAUUGGUUGGGGGCUUCGUUCAGAGGUGAUUUUGGUUUAAAGGUCUGGGGAAAUCAUGUUUUGGAGGAACCGUGAGAGAGAGAACAAAGAACAAAACGGUGGAUCGCCUUGUGGACAGGUUCGGGUACUUGUUGUUGGAGACUCAGGUGUUGGGAAAACUUCUCUUGUUCAUCUAAUUGUCAAAGGUGGUUCUGUUGCUCGCCCUCCUCAAACGAUCGGGUGUGCAGUUGGUGUGAAGCACACUACAUAUGGAAAUUCUGGUAGCUCUUCAAGUAGCAUAAAAGGUGAUUCUGAGAGAGAUUUCUUUGUGGAACUUUGGGAUGUGUCAGGACAUGACUGUUACAAAGACUGCCGGUCGCUUUUCUAUUCCCAAGUCAAUGGUGUUAUUUUUGUUCAUGAUCUCUCCCAGAGAAGGACAAAAACAAGCUUGCAGAAAUGGGCCACUGAAAUUGCUGCAAAUGGGACAUUUUCAGCUCCCCUAGGAUCUGGCGGUCCCUUUGGCCUUCCAGUCCCAUAUAUUGUUAUCGGUAAUAAAGUUGAUAUCGCUGCGAAGGAGGGUACAAGAGGAAGCAGUGGCAAUCUUGUUGAUGUAGCUCGUCAUUGGGUUGAGAAGCAGGGUUUACUUCCAUCCAGUGAGGAACUUCCCCUGAACGAGAGUUUUCCCAACAAUGGAAGCCUUCUUGCAGCUGCUAAAGAAGCAAGAUAUGACAAGGAAGCUGUGGUGAAAUUUUUUCGAAUGCUGAUCAGAAGAAGAUACUUCUCAGACGACUUACCUGCACCAACUCCAUUGUCUAUAUCUUCAGUCCAGAGAGCCUCACAUCGUUUAGAUGAAGGUUUAAGUAAUGGGGAUCAGUCUUAUAAGAACAUGAGUUCCAUUGGAGAUCCUUAUAAAUACAAUGUGCUCCCCCCCCUUCCAGCGCAACGCAAUCUGACGCCACCUCCCACGCUUUAUCCUCAGCAGCCAGUUUUGGUUUCUGAAGGUUACAGCCUCCCAAGAUUCUCCCUGACUGGCUCUCAAGAGAUCAGCAGUAAUGCCAGAUCAAAGCGCUCAGAUAUUAAUGUAUGAUGACCACUCACCCUCCUUGUUCUUAGCCAAAAGAUGGAUGAUACUGUCUCUGAUUGCUGGGAUAAAAAAAAAUCCCAUUCUUCCUUGAAUGCGGAUCAUACAAGCGGUUAAUUGUUCUCUUCACUAUCUAUGCUUGUUAAAUGUUCUGUUGAUUCACUUAUAAAAAAUAAAAUAAAAAUGUUCUGUUGAUUCUUUCAUAUCUACAGGUUCUCCCUCAGUAACUGUAUUUUUAGUCAUACCCUUGGUUAAUGGUGUAAUGACUCGUUGAACCUGAAACUUCAGGUGAUUCUUUGUAAUCAAACUCUAUUCUUUUCCUUGUAAGUUCUGGUUGUAUAAAUUUCAUUUUUAAUUCAA